GGCCUUUUCCCCUCCCCCGACGUCCCCGCGCGGUCUUCCCCGGCCUAGCUUCCCGCAACCCCUGCGCCCGGCCCGAGGGAGAGGUUCCGGAGCCCGGGCGCGGCCGGGGGCCGGGUGUUGCCGCCGCCGGCUUGAGCGCCCCAGCCCCCUCGGCACUGCCUCGGGAGCUUCAGCUGCCCACGCUGUGCAGUGUACUCCGUGUUCUGGCAAAACACCGACGGCUCACGUCGUCCUCCCGGCCUCAGACGCAUUAAUACACCUCUGAGUUCCUCUUCUGGCCCUGACCUCCUUGUCAGUCUUGUCAUGCUCUUUCCUCCAGUUGGACAGAUAAGAAUCACAAGAAAAGCAGAUGGCAUCCGGGGAUUUCUGCUCAUCUGGAGAAGGGAUGGAAAUACUCCAACAAGUGUGCAGCAAACAGCUUCCUCCUUGUAACCUGAGUGAAGAGGACCUAUUACAGAACCCACACUUCAGCAAACUGCUGCUGAGUCUCUCACAACACAUGGACGAGAGUGGCUUAAGCCUCACACUGGCAAAGGAGCAGGCUCAGGCGUGGAAGGAAGUUCGAUUGCAUAAGACAACGUGGUUAAGGUCUGAAAUUUUACAGAGAGUCAUUCAAGAGCUGCUUGUGGACUACUAUGUGAAGACACAAGACAGAAAUUUAACUUCUGAGGACAAAAAGUUUCAUGAGACCCUUGAACAGCGGCUGCUCGUGACUGAGCUGACACAGCUCUUAGGUCCCAGCCAAGAGAGGGAGGUGCCCCCACUGCUUGGGCUGGAGAAGGUGGACCUUCUGGAGCUCAUGCCACCCUCAGAGGAUUUUGUGUGGAUGAGAGCCCGACUCCUGCUUGAAGUGGAGGAGCAGCUCAAGAAGAAAUGUUUCACUCUGCUCUGCUACCACAAUCCCAGUUCAGAUUCAGACACUGAAACCCUGAAGGCAGCAAAGGUAUGGAACCUCGCAGAGGUCCUGGUGGGUGAGAAGCAGCAGUGCCAGGAUGCCAAGACCCAGCAGAAGGAGCAGAUGGUGCUCCUGGAGAAGAAGAGUGCCACCUACUCCCAGGUGCUUCUCCGCUGCCUGGCCUUGCUGCAGAGGCUUCUUCAGGAUCACCGGCUGAAGACUCAGUCUGAGCUGGACCGUAUCAAUGCCCAGUACCUGGAGGUCAAGUGCAGCGCCAUGAUCCUUAAGCUGCGGAUGGAAGAGCUCAAGAUUUUGUCUGACACUUACACUGAUGAGAAAGUGGAAGUUCAUCGUCUCAUUAGGGACCGUUUGGAGGGGGCCAUUCACCUACAACAGCAGGACAUGGAGAAGUCCCGACAGGUCCUGAACACCUAUGAGGUCCUCGGGGAGGAGUUUGACAGGCUGGUGAAAGAGUACACCCAACUCAAGCAGGCAACUGAGAACAAGCGCUGGGCCCUCCAGGAGUUCAACAAGGCCUGCCGCUGAGUGUGGCCGGGGCCAGGAGGCUCAGCUUCUGCAUAGGGGCUGCGUCCUCCUCUUCCUGCUGGAAGGGCCACUUCCACCUGAGCCCACCUUCACUCAAGGGAGCGUGGGGACACUUGCUCAAAACACUGCAGUCCUUUAGGCACCCUCCUGGUUUUUCUUGUUUACAAUGAGAGUCUCUUCUAGCAAAUGUAACAGAUUUGUAUAAUUUUCUGUACAGCUAUUUGUCAGUGCCAGCCCUGUAUCAUACUUGAUUAUCUCCUGAAUAAAGUGAUAAUGUUGUA